AUGGCAGAAACUAAGAGCUUUCUUGCAAUGAUCCUCGAACAUUUGACAAAGAGAAAAGUCGAGGUCCAGAGCAGAGAUAUAAUAGUCAAGAUGCUCCGAGAUGAACUGAAAGGAAGAAAGUACUUGCUUGUCCUGGAUGAUCUGUGGCAUGUGGACCCAUUAUUGUGGCAUGAGUUCUUGAACACCUUGAGAGGAAUAAAUACAUCCCGAGGAAACUUCAUUCUCGUGACAACUCGUAUGGAACUGGUGGCAUCCACAGUAGCAACAAUAGGUCCUCAUAUGUUGGAAAAAUUAGCAGAAGAUCAUUGUUGGUCCAUUUUCAGACAAAGUGCAUUUGUUGUUGGGGAAGUUCCGGAGGAAAUGCUGAGCAUGAAGAACAAGAUUGUUGAAAUGUGUCAAGGUCUACCGUUGGCUGCAAAUGUAUUGGGAGGCCUCUUAGGCAACAAGGAUAAACAUGAAUGGCAGGCAAUUCUUGAUGGCAACCCCCUUGUUGCAGGGGAAAAUAGCAUAAUGAAGAUCCUAAAACUAAGCUAUGAUUAUCUACCAUCUCCACAUCUGAAAAAAUGUUUUGGCUACUUUGCAAUGUUUCCAAAAGAUUUUGAGUUUGAGAAGGAGCAACUAAUCCAACUCUGGAUGGCAGAAGGGUUUCUUUGUCCAAGUCAAGAGAUCCCUGUGAUGGAAGACGUAGGGAACAAGUUUUCUCAACAUUUGUUGAAAUAUUCCUUGCUGCAAGAUUUUGAGCUAGAUGAGCACAACAAUAUAACACACUGUAAGAUGCAUGAUCUUGUGCAUGAUUUGGCUGGAGAUACAUUAAAAUCUAAACUAUUGGAUACGAAAAGUGUUGGAGGUGAAAAUCUUUCUCAAGCUCGAUACUUUGGAUGGGACUCACCAAGUGAUCAAAUGGAUAUGAUUAUUGAGCCAGGACGUUUAUGCACAUUGUUCUGGAAAAGCAAUAUAUCUGAUGAUAUGCUAUUGAGCUUUCAGUUCUUGAGAGUUUUAAAUUUUUCCGGAUCAGGCAUCAAGGAGUUGUCAGCCAAAAUCAGCAAGCUAAUAUACUUGAGAUAUCUUGAUCUCUCGAACACUUGGAUCGAAGACUUUCCCAACUCCAUUAGCAAGCUCUACAAUUUGCAAACAUUUAGAGUCAAUGACUGUUCUUCACUCAGGAAGCUUCCAGGAGAAAUGGCAAGUAUGGUAAGUUUGAGACACAUAUAUUACCAAUCAGAAAUUCAUGACCAGUUUCAGAUGCCACUUAAUAUGGGGCAAUUGACCAGUCUUCAGAUGCUACAGUUUUUCUACGUAGGUUUAGAGAAAGGUCGUCGAAUUGAAGAAUUAGGUCGUUUGAAAAACCUUAGAGGUGAACUGACGAUCAAAUGUCUCCAAUUAGUCGGAAAUAAAGAAGACGCUCAAACAGCAUAUAUAAAGGAGAAACCAAAUAUCUACAAGAUGGCAUAUUUAUGGUCCCAUGAUGAAUCAGAAGGCUGUGAGAUCAAUGAUGAGCAUGUGUUGGAUGGUCUUCAACCGCAUCCUAACUUGAAAACCUUAUCAGUAGUGGACUAUUUAGGGACUAAAUUUCUUUCAUCGUUCAGUGAAGAGUUGCUACCAAAUUCGGUCAAGUUGAAAUUAAGUGGUUGCAAAAGGUGCAAAGAAAUCCCAUCCCUUGGCCAACUGAUAUUCCUUCGGCAUCUUGAGCUGGUAGGAUUCCAUGAGUUGGAAUGCAUUGGACCUGAUUUAUAUGGUGUUGAGAUUAGCAAUAUUGGUUUAAGCNGUCAAGUUGAAAUUAAGUGGUUGCAAAAGGUGCAAAGAAAUCCCAUCCCUUGGCCAACUGAUAUUCCUUCGGCAUCUUGA